AACCAGCAUUUUUAGUCAUCUCUGGAACGUUUCUGCUACUCAAAGUUUACUUUUUGAUGGAGAAUGCCUUGGAAAUUAUGAGGGACAAGAAAUAGAUUCGGUGUUAUAUCUUGAAGAAACCGAAGAUGAGAUUGCUGAUCUAACAUUUCAUCAAAGUUCUGAUGACUGGGAAAAUUGGACGCUAAAAUCGGGUACAAUUGUAAAAGAUCUUUUGAAAGAUGCAUCCAAAAAACAAGGACAUCCACUCAGUAGCGCCAAGUAUCAAACCAAAAUAAUUCCAUCAGAGAUUGUAUUGAGUUUGUUAAAACAAAAAGAUACUUUAUCUUUGGUUGAAUUAUUGGAUGAAAUAAAAUUAGUUGAAUUAAUCAAAAAUAUGAAAACGAUAACAAAUGAUCCAAGAAAAGAUCAUUUAAAAGAAUUGGAAAAAUUAAGCCUGAUUUCACAACCAAUUGAUCAUUUUACAAAAUUUUUCGUGAGAAUUGCAUCUUGGUUCUCAGAACAUGUAUUUCCUGAAAAAUCUGUAAUGCAAGACCCGGGUAUAUCUGAAGCAUGUUAUUCAACAUAUAUCAUUGAUCCUUGCAUAUUAAUUCUUCUCGCAAAUUUUCACGAUAUAAACCAAAGACGCAAGUCUGCCAGUUCAUUUGAGCAAAAGGCAGAUGGUGCCUUUUUUGUGCGUUUGAAGAAAUCUUUAGUUGAAAUUGGACAUUUGGAGAUGAGCGGCGGUUACAAUCAUAAAGAAGCUCUCAGAGCAACAUGGGAUGGUUGCUGCAAAGGUCCAAUAGGUAAUGCAUACAUGCUCGAAGAAAUUGGAGAACGUUAUAAGAAAGCAUCCCCUAAGUCGUUUGCAAAAACAAGAGUUUUUUUUUUACAUACAUAUGAAAAUCGUAUAGAACUGUGGCAGAUGUAUAAUCGUACUCGUGAAGUGUUACAAUACGAAAGAACUCAUGGAGCAGUGGUUCCUAUUUGCUUCGAAGAACAUAAAAAAUAUUUAUUUGAUUUUGCAAUCUUACUAUGGGAUUUCAAG